AUGCCUGUGCGCUUGACUACUUGCGACGAUGGAGUCUUUGAGGUUGAUGCUAGUGUCAUUAGACAGGCUGUCAUGAUUAGGGAUAUUCUUGAUGAUGUUGGCCCUGAUGCUGCUGAAGAUGACGAGCCAAUUCCUCUCCAAUUCGUUAACUCGGCCAUUUUCAAAAAGGUGAUUCAAUGGUGCCAAUAUCAUAAGGAUGAUGCUCCGCAACAAGAUGACGACGAAAACAAAGAAAGACGAACCGAUGAUAUCUCUAGUUGGGAUCAGGAAUUCCUCCGCGUUGAUCAAGGAACUCUCUUUGAGCUCAUUUUGGCCGCGAACUACCUCGAUAUUAAGGGACUUCUCGAUACAUGCUGCAAAUCGGUUGCUAACAUGAUAAAAGGGAAAACGCCUGAGGAAAUUCGAAAAACCUUCAAUAUCAAAUCAGAUUUUACACCUCAGGAGGAAGAGCAGGUUCGUAAGGAGAAUGAAUGGUGCGAAGAAAAGUAA